AUGGCAUCCUCCAGCAAUGUCCUGUCUAAAGAGCAGUUCCUGUGCUCCAUCUGUCUGGAUGUGUUCACUGAGCCGGUCUCUAUUCAAUGUGGACACAACUUCUGCAUGGCCUGUAUCAGAAAGUACUGGGAUAGCAAUGACCUGUGCCAGUGCCCCAUGUGUACAAAUACAUUUGAUAAAAGACCAGUUCUCUUUGUAAAUGCUUUAAUUUCUGAGAUGGCUGCUCAGUUCAGGAAGUCAGUUAAAAGGAAAGCUACCAGCAGCCCAGACCAAUGCCCUGCAAAACCUGGAGAAGUGUCCUGUGAUGUCUGCACUGAGACGAAGCUCAAGGCACUGAAGUCCUGCCUGGUAUGUCUGACCUCUUACUGUGAGACUCACCUGGAGCCUCAUCAGAGAGUCGCAGCCUUAAAGAGACACAAGCUGAUCAACCCUGUUGAUAACCUGGAAGACAAAAUAUGCAAGACACACGAGAGACUCCUGGAGUUGUUCUGUAGGAAUGACCAGAUGUGUGUUUGUGUCUUGUGCAUAAAAACAGACCACGAGACUCACCAUACUGUCCCUCUAGAGGAAGAGUUUGGAGAGAGGAAGGGUAAAUUAGAAAAAACACACGCAAAAGUGCAACAGCAAAUCCAGGAGAAACUAGAGAAGGUUCAGGAGAUCAAACACUCAGUAGAUCUCAGCAAGAGAAACUCAGAGAGAAAGAUCACAGACAGCGCUCAGGUCUUCACUGCUCUGAUGCGCUCCAUUGAAAAGAACGUGGCUGAUCUCAUUGAGGUGAUUGAGAAGAAGCAGGAAGCAGCAGAGAGGCAGGCUGAAGAACUCAUUAAAGAGCUGCAGCAGGAAAUCACUGAGCUAAAGAGGAGAAGCACUGACCUGGAGCAGCUCUCACACACUGAGGACCACCUCCAUCUAGUCCAGAGCUUUCCAUCCUUAUGCACCCCUCCGCCCACCAAGGACUGGUCUGAGAUCAGUGUUCACAGUGAUCUCUGUGUGAUGAGUUUGAAGAGAGUGGUGUUUCAGCUGGAAGAGACACUGAAUAAAGAGAUUGAGAAGCUGCCUGAAAUCAAACUGAAGAGGAUUCAGCAGUAUGCAGUGGAUGUGACUCUGGACCCUGAUACAGCACAACGUGAACUCAUCCUGUCUGAGGAUCGGAAAGAAGUAAGAUAUGGAGACACACGACAGAAUCUCCCUAAUAACCCAAAGAGGUUUGAUCCUGUCCUUAUUGUCUUAGGAAAGGAGGGAUUCUCCUCAGGGAGAUUUUACUAUGAGGUGACUGUUACAGGGAAGACUGGGUGGAGUUUAGGAGUGGCCAGAGAGUCCAUAAACAGGAAGGGGAAUAUCACACUGUCCCCCGAUAGUGGAUGCUGGGCUGUGGUCCUGACAGAUAGGAGUAAGUACGCAGCUUGUGCCCCCAUCUUUACCCCCCUCUACCUGAGAGAGAAGCCCCAGAAGGUGGGGGUAUUUGUUGAUUAUGAGGAGGGGCAGGUCUCCUUUUAUGAUGUGGAGGCCAGAUCUCAUAUCUACUCUUUCAAUGGCUACAUCUUCACAGAGAAACUAUAUCCAUGCUUCAACCCUAGUGUUAAUCAUGAUGGUAAAAACUCUGCCCCUCUGAUCAUUUCUCCUGUCAACCACACAUCACUGAGGAAGGCUGAAGGGCUCAUUAAAGAGCUGGAGCAGGAAACCACUGAGCUAAAGAGAAGAAGCACUGAGCUGGAGCAGCUCUCACACACUGAGGACGACCUAAACCUCCUCCAGAGCUUCCCAUCCCCGUGCAGCCCUCCACUCACCAAGGACAGUGAUCUGUGUGUGGGGAUUGUGAGGAGAGCCGUGUCUCAGCUAGAAGAGACAGUCAUGAGUGAGAUGAAGAGGUUGUUUGAUGAUGAGCUGAAGAGGAUUCAGCAGUAUGCAGUGGAUGUGACUCUGGACCCCGAUACAGCAAGCCCCUGGCUCAUUCUGUCUAAGAAUGGGAAAGAAGUGAGAGCUGGAGAAAAAAAACAGAAGCUCCCUAAUAACCCAAAGAGGUUUGAUUCUGCCGUUAAUGUCUUGGGAAAGAAAGGCUUCUCCUCAGGGAGAUUCUACUAUGAGGUCACUGUUACAGGGAAGACUGAGUGGAAUUUAGGAGUGGCCAGAGAGUCUAUCAACAGAAAGGGGACUGUCGCAUUAAGCCCUGAUAAUGGACGCUGGGCAGUGAUCCUGAGGGAUGGGAGUAAGUACACAGCUUGUGCCCCGACCCGUGUCCACCUCUGCAUGAGAGAGAAGCCCCAGAAGGUGGGGGUGUUUGUGGAUUAUGAGGAGGGUCAGGUCUCAUUCUAUGAUGUGGAGGCCAGGUCUCAUAUCUACUCUUUCACUGGCUACAUCUUCACUGAGAAACUCUAUCCAUACUUCAGCCCUUUGCUCAAUGAUGGUGGUAAAAACUCUACUCCUCUAAUCAUCUCUCCUGUCAAUCACACAGACUGAGUUUGAACCUGAAAUUAACUGACCUGUAAAAUUAAUAACUCAAUUAGAGUUCACUCUUUCAUCAAACACUAGGAAGAAUAUUUCACUGUAGUUUAUUAACGGAUGUUUGUUAUUAUUAUUUGACUUCUAAACGAACAAUCCUUUAUCUGAUCUUAACGGAGCACUGGGCCGGCCACUCUUCAAUAUCACCUGGGCCAGCACAGGUGAAACACCUUCCCACUAAUGAGAUGACAAACCAGCACAGGUGUAACACAUACUGAGUAACGAGGGGACGCCAAUCAGUGCGCCCCACGUGCUAACGUUCAAACUCUAAAUAUAAAUGGAAAAACCAAAGCCUAUAAAUAACAUUGUCAGUCUGUUAGACAUGAUGAGUGCAGAAUGCAGCAGCAAUGUAACAUAGUCUACCUGUAUUACCAAUAUCUCCGAGGCUCACAACAAGGUAUGACUUCAUGUCUGGAAGAGAGAAUUCAGAGGUUGUUCUGAUUAUUGUCCCCCAUGAUGAAAUCGGGGAGUAGACGUUGGCUCUGUCUCUGUCCGAUAGCAAGUUUGUAUGUUUGUCAUACGCGAUAUCUCAGACUGGAUGGCCAGUUUUUGAUGAAACUUGGUUGUAUGAUGUGUCUUGCUGUAGAGAUCUGGCAUUUUCUAAAUGACACAGACUGGCCAGGUGGAGGCACUAUAACAGGCAAUUGAAAAUGCACAUUUUGAAAGGUCACGCCCCUUACCCAGUUUGUCCAAAAGUCAUGAAAUUCAGUACAUUGGUCCUCCUCUUCACAAGGAACAAAUUUGCAGCAGGGAUCCAUAAGGUCCACCAUGAUGGAUAUUACACCAUUUAGAAUUUUGUGAAAAACACUUAAAACGCUACUCCUCUGGCACUGAAUGACCGAUCUGCAAGAAACUUGAUAUGCGCCACGUAUGUACACACGUCUCUCAACGCAACAUAUUCCAGACUAGUAUCUAAAAACAACAUGGCCGUAAUGGCCAAUAAACUUUCAUGUGGUCCGAAACAUAAAUCAGUCACAGAUAGUUGUAUUGUAACAAAUUUGGUACACAUGUUGAAAACACUGUCAACAAGACCCAACAUAUACAAGAACAUUCAUAUCGACCACAAGGUGGCACUAUAACUGGCACAUGUUUUGUUAAUAUCAGCAUAGUCUAGUUUGAAUUUGCCGGGGGAAGGGGAGGUAUCAUUGAGGAGGACGAAAUGUUUAAUGUUGCAUUGUUUUAAUUCUGAUAAUAUCAGCACUAUAUGUUUGUUUUACUUAGAUAUAUACAAUGCAUAUACUCUGUUGAUCCUCAAUAGCUUUAAUGGACACUGAGUAACAUUCAGAAUGUCUGGAUAAUUAAGUUCAGUUGAAUAGUGAUAUAAUUGGUAUUCAGUAUAGCACAGCACCAGAGCUUUAGAAUAGUGGUGGGUAUUUAUGACAUCAGCCUUAUUAUAUGAAAUAUGAUUGAA